ACAGCCACAAUUAUGGCUAACCCCCGUCUAUUUCUACAAUUUAUCUUGUUAUAAUCCGAUUUUGAACCUAACCCCAUGCCUAACGCUAACCUUAAAUUAAGACCAAAAAAAUAAUGUUAGUUUAAAUAUUUUUUUUACGAUACAGACAAUUUUGACUUUGUGGCUGUCUAGUGGAAACCCUAGGACCCAGGAUGAUUUGACAGCAGUCUACCUAUCAAACAUGGCUGACCAAAACAAAACAUCAGCUAAAGUAGAAUUCGGCAAUGAAUUACUAAACCCAUCUGAGCUGUUCGAAGCCCGCACGCGCAGCCACAAGAUCCCGGUGCGCGGGCAGAAGGAUUUCAUUCCCACUGGGGCGGAUCAGCAAAGGGAUAGGCUUCAGCAGAGUUUGGACGAGCACUGGAAUCUAGUAUCUGAGGAGCGAGUGGAGAGGUUAGGGAACCUGGUGAAGGCAGUGUGGAUUCCCAGUGACAUGAUAGUGGAGCUGCAGUCACCAGCAGGGAAGUUUUGGCAGACUAUGGGGUUUUCUGCCCAUGGUAAGCAAUGUCUACAUCCAGAAGAGGCUCUCUAUCUAAUGGAGUGUGGAAACCUGCAAGUGUUCUACCAAGACCUGCCACUGUCCAUCCAAGAGGGCUAUGAGAGAUUUCUAUACUCGAAGACAAUGAGUAUACAGCAUUACCAGGUUUUUGGCCAUUUGAAGCGACUUGGUUAUGUGGUGAACAGAUUUGAUCCCAGUUCUGUGCCAUCGCAGUAUGAGAGGCAGUUGAACCUGCCCCAGUCCCGAGACAGAUCAGGAAGACUUCCGAAGAGGAAACACAGCCACAGCCCCACCUCCAGGCACACAGGAACACAGGAGGGCCCCACUUCUAAGAGAAUGGAGGAGGAGAAAGACUGCAACAGAGAGGAAGAGGACAAGAAUCCUGACUCUCUUCCAGAUCUUUCAGCCCCAGACAUUGACGAAAUCCAGACAGCAUCACACGUUGACCCCACCACUUCAACCGAGGGUGGCCAGGGCAGGAGCUGGUGGUCAAAGGAAGGCUCCCCAGAGCCUGACUCUGAGCUGCCAGGUCAGCCCCAGAGCUCCCCUCGCUGGGACUUCAGCUCCAUCCCCUUCCCAGACCUGGGCUCCAGACGCUGGCUCCCCAGCAGCCUGACCUCCCCAGACCCCUGCUUGCUGCCUGGGGCUGUGGGGUCAGUGGGGGCCUGCGAUGUGGCCCCCUGGCUGCAGAGGCUCAACCUGCGGGAGGUGAGGAUGUCCCGGCGUGAGUGGGAGAGGGAGCAGGACAGGGACCGGUACCGGAGGGACAUCAAGCAGGACAGAGAGGUACGACGUUGCAGGAACUGGGCAGAGUACCAGGAGCUACAGGAGAGAAGGAUUCAACGGAGCCGCAGAGAUAGGCCAGCACACCUGUGGGAGGGGCCGGUCACACCCCUACAUGACCCUGCACAGGUCACUUCAACUGGUGAGCUGCUGGAUAAAAUCAGUGUGAUCAAAUCCACACGGCUGCUGGAGGGAGCAUCCAGUUUGAAAGGUUCAGAGGAGUGGAGAAUCUGUUUCAACAUUUACCAACCCGACACGGUUGCUGAAUUCAAGAAAAGUGCUCCUGGAAAACCCUAUUCUCGCAUGUGUGUGUGCAGUUUCGAUGGUCCAGUGCCUGACUUGUGGACACUGAAAUUGCUGGCUUUCCAGAGUGGGGACGUCCCGGUCACCUAUGCAGUGGUGGACCACGGGGACAUCUCCUUCUACUCCUUCAAGGACUUCCAGAUACCCACAGACGUGUCCUUCUGAGGGCCUGACCACAGUUAACAGUCACACAGCCCUGGUUUAACUACUGCACCAUGCCAGGGCUGCCUGUGGUGGAUCUGAAACUCUGCAACUGGAACUAAUGCCAAAGAAAUGAACGAAACGGAAUUCUCUUAGUGAAUUGAUGAACUGCAGUCCUCACACUGUUUGAUGCUGUAGUAUGCCUUCCUCCUGUGUUGCAGACUUCUUUUAGUGGGAUAUGAUCGCCUGCAUCUGAUUGAAGGUAACUUACAUUGUCUCCUCUCCAAACAAUGUCACCAUGUCUUAUACCAAGCAUGGUUUUGUAAAGCCUCUGAAGAUUUUGAACCGAAUUGGCUCGGUUUUCUUCUGCCUUUAUCUCAUCACCACCAUUGGUUUUCUGGUAUUCAUAUACUGUAUCACGAGUGGCUUCACUAUGUAUGCACUUAGUAUAGAUGCAGUAUGUGUAGAUCAUACGUAUAUCUCAGCCCUUUAUUUUUGUCUAUCUGCCCAUAUUUUAGAUCCAAUCAGCUUUACUGCCUGGCCUUUUGUUGUUGUAACCUCACAUGUUUAAGUUACCUGACUCCUGUUCUCUUGUUGUUGUAACCUCACAUGUUUAAGUUACCUGACUCCUGUUCUCUUGUUGUUGUAACCUCACAUGUUUAAGUUACCUGACUCCUGUUCUCUUGUUGUUGUAACCUCACAUGUUUAAGUUACCUGACUCCUGUUCUCUUGUUGUUGUAACCUCACAUGUUUAAGUUACCUGACUCUUGUUCUCAUGUUUUUGUUUCAAAUUGCUUGUAAAUGGUGGCCUGUAUCUGUAGAGUUUAUCUUCACAUUAUGUCUUUGUGGUUGAGUUAUUGUUGCAUUGUUCUCAUUGUCCUUCCUAACAAAACCAAUCCCCCAAAACCCAAGUAGUGCCUACCAUACACUUCUGCCCAUUACAUAAAGAAAACAACCUUUAUUCUACUUUUAUGACAUUCUGUCUGAAAUCUAUGGGACUAGUAAGCCUGUGUAAUAACAUGUUCUUUCCAUUUCCUUUGGGUGGCCUAAUCUGAAGAUGUAAAGCACAUACUCGUCUCUCUUAUAUCAGUCCACAAACUCAGUGGUGUUAAAACAUUAAGAUGAGGUUACUGACCACAACCUGCUCCUCUCAGCUGUAGUUUACCAGCAAACCCUGACCAGCAGUCCAUCUGUGAUGUGCAGUACAAUAAAUACACUGGAUCUCUACCCUUCAGGAUCACAUUGUCUCUAAGUCAAUAGGUUAGGAGGAGAUUUGGGAUUCUCUGCCUCUAACCCUAUUACAGGGGCUGAGUCACUGGCUUACUGGUGCUCUUUCAUGCCGUCCCUAGGAGG